AUGUCCAGGAUAAUGAUGGAUCGCUUCGAACACCAUGAACAGGACACUAAUCAGUUGUUCUCAUCAGAGUCAAACUUUAUUAAUAUAGUCAGUGUACCUGUGGACUCGGUACGAUUCCAGGAUAACUUGCCUACUUUGCCAAGUUACUUGCAUUUUGACUUGGUGUCAUUGUUGUGGAAUGAUCAGACUCUGCCAUUCCCAUGGCGACUCAGCUUAGAUCGUGUGUCCAAACAAUGGCUACAUCAUGUGCGUCGUAUGUUUGGCACACUGGACCUGUCCGCCACCAUACCCUACGGAUCACAGCCAGUUACACCCUUGCGCACAGUCUUUGAACAUCUUGUUGACAAUCCAUUAUGUCCACUAUCACUCAGAUCCCUGCGAAUCAGACUGGGAAUGCUACAGGAUUACAAAGGUGACCUUCAACCCAUACUCGAAUCACUCGAGUCAAUACAUCUUGUUCUACCAGUGAUCGUUGAUACAUCAAUCCUGCACUCAUUGUUGAGUCAGUGUUCAUCAAGUCUAUCGCGAAUAUCCAUGGCAAAGGAUCAUCUUUCCACAGCAAUCUCAAUCGAUAUACCAUCGACGUCAACAACGUCAUCACAAGUUGAUCAAGUGAUUGAUCAUCUGAAGAGUGCCGAUGGAGUCAAUAAUAAGGACUCUGACUCAUGGCUCAGGUCACUACCUGGCAACAUCAACCUGGCGCAAUACAUAUCAGAGAUGCACAUUGACAAUAGUGCGUUCAAGUUGCCCAGUCACUCAUUCCCAAGGCUACAGGCACUCACUUUGAAGAUCACAGACAAUGGAGCAGAUAAUGUAUUUGGACCUGGCAGGUUGGGGACUCGUCUAUCAUCACUGAUCAUACAUACCAAUCGGUCCAAGCCCGUAUAUGAUCAGUUCCUCCAGUUCUUGGUCGAAAACAACUCAUUGACAAGAGUACAUUGCCUGGGGGUUGCCUCCAUCCUCCCAUUCCUACGAAUCGUGGCAUCCAAGCCACGUAUCUUUGAGAUUGGCGUCGAUGAUCUUGCUUCGGAUGUCACGGCCGCGGUGGCACUGCCUCAUGUCACCUCGCUCGUCAUACCCAAGAAUCAUACAAUCGCCGCAGCUCGCUUGGACGAGUUAUUCAACAGCAACUUGGACACGCUAAAGAGUGUGUCGCUACCAAGUCUCAGCCUGGACACAGCAGUCUCAUCAUUCCUCCUCAACACCAAGUGUCUUCAGCGCCUAUACGUGGACCGGGUCACCCUUUUACAUCCAACCGUCCUGGGCUCGACUGUAAUAAGCAAUCCAACUGUUAGAGACGCGAUAUCUGCCAACACAACAUUGCGCCAGGUUGACUUUGGAGUUGUCAGCGAUCUGAAGAUUGUCAAAGACUUGCUGCGAGGGGUCUCCCUCAACACAACCAUUCGACAUCUCAAGAUUGUCUCGCCAUCACUCAGUCUACUCGACUUUAACAUGCUCACCAACAUCCGUUACAAUCACAUCAGCUCCAUCACAUCAAGUCGACUCCAAACACACUAUCUCUAUCGCUAUCUUCCAGAGGACUAUAGUAAUGGAAGUAGCAGUUGUAGUAGUAGUAGUAAUGACAUUGUA